AUGAUGCUGGAUCAGAUCGAGACGCCGCUGUUGAACCAUCACGUGGAUCGCCGUACGUUCAUUGCACUCCCACCUUUGUUCGCAAGAUUGGGUUCUGAAAUGGCAUACGAGGACAACGUCAUCCUAUAUAUUUAUCGAGACUUCGGAACCCUUGCCAACAAGCUGUUAACCGCCCGCGAGAUUAUGAAAGCGGUAGUCAUCGUAUGGCCGGACAAUUUGCCGGAAAGCAGCCCCUAUGAGGAUCGGAAUGCCGAAGAAUGGAGAAGAGUUUACGAAAUGUGCCGUGAGUUUGUACGAUUUUCAACGGUCCCAUCACGCAACUUCAUGGCUGUGAUUCGCGAUCAUUACUCCGACGUCCUGGAUCGUGCGCCGUAUACACAUCCAGCCUGUUGCCUAGGAGUCAACCCGAGACGCAAUGGUGCGCCCUUUAUUGGACCCCAAAUAAUGACGUUUUUCGAAAAAAUCAGGAUUGCAGUGAGUGAUCUCAUCAGGCUGCCGAAAUUUGAGUCCGCAACACCAGAGCUACGCGAGCAACGAAAACGAGAGAAGAUACUUAAGGUGCGGCGCCGCAAGGAGGAGUGUAUGCCCAACUCCUAG